UACUUGUUGAAACAUAUCAGUGAUGCUGAGACAUGGCUUCUACAAGACAAUCUGCUUUAGAGUACAUUACAAAUGGAAGGUUACAUCUCAUUGGAAGGCUCCAGAAUCUGCCCCUCAUUGUGGAAAACCUGUUCCAGCGCAAGGUUCUUCACGAGGAGGAAGUCAGUAAAAUUCAGGCAGAAGUUGACCGUUUUGACCAAACCAGAAAAAUACUGGACUGGGUGUCGGCCAAAGGAGAGGCUGCAUGCUACGAGUUACUGGCGAUUCUAGACAUCACAAGGAAGAGGACCUUAGACGACGCUGACUUACAGCAAUGGAUCAGCUGCUUCCCCUUCGAGGAAGACCCAGAGAUGACAGACUACUUUGUUGGUUCAAAACCCUGUCACGGAUAUCAAGAACAGCUGAAAUGUAAAGCACAGAGCAUCACAGAGGGUGCAUGGAAACAAAGCUGUAGUCUCCUACCAGAGAGAUGUAGAAAUGAGGGGACUUUCUCUUACACCCCUCUUGUGUUAGAUACACAUGUGCAUUCAUCUGACUCUGAAAUUAAAAUGAAGAAUAAAAUAUGCAAGAAAGCUCGGCCUAAAAAGCUAAAGAGCUUCAUCCCCAUGUCCAAACAGGAAACAUCACCUGCUGAGCUGCUAAAAACACAUGAGAAAAAAAUCCUCCUUUUUGGAAAACCUGGAAUUGGAAAAACAACAGUCGCCCAUCAAAUGUUGAACCUCUGGGCAGAGAAAKAUCACAGAGAACUAGAUUACAUGUUUUAUUUUGAUGUGAGAGACAUUUCACACAGAAAACCCAUGAACCUGGAGGACCUUCUCUUUAACAUGUACAGUGAGCCARAAGAAAGCAAAGAAGAAGUGUUACAGGAUAUUAAGAAGAACUCUGAAAAYGUUGUCAUCAUAUUUGAUGGAAUCACAGGCACAGAACUCUCCUCUCUGUCGGUAGUAAAGGACCUUGUGGAGAACCUCCUCCCGGAUGCAAAGAUUGUGACCACAUGCAGACCAGAUCAAUCUGAAGACUUCCUGACAGACUGGCCCGUAGACUGGUUCAGAGUGGAGGUCAAAGGGUUCAGUGAUGAAUCCAUCAGGGCUUACUUAACACAGAUGCUGAGUGCUGAGCCUGACUCCUUGAGCAGUGUGUUAAACAACCUAGAGUUGUUCAGUCUGUGCCAUGUCCCAAUGUAUGCACUGAUGGUGGUUACCUGCAUGUAUUUCCCUACCUCAGAGGCUUCUAAACAGACAUGUACUAUAACUGAAAUGUACAGCAACAUCCUCCGUCACUGCAUCCAAAAACACAGUGGAAAACAACUUAAGGAUAUCGACAAUUGUCUCAAAGAAAACAGAGAGAAAAUAUUGUCUUUGGCAGAAAUUGCUUUUGAUGCGACAAAUGAAAAAAACAUGAACUUGACAACACUGAGUUGUGAAGAAAGCAGUGUCCAWUUUGCRUUCUUGGGGGCAYUUAUGGUUAASRUUKCACCYACARCGUCAGACACYUACUCUGCAUUUCUCCACUACACAAUGCAGGAGUUCUUUGGUGCCCUUUGGCUCUUACAGAAUCCAGACAAAAUCAGAGAGGUUCUAGAGAAGUGCCAGACUGAAGAAUGGAAACACACAAAACACUUGAUUCCUUUCCUGUGUGGCCUUCUGAAUGAGAGGAAUAUUAGAUUGGUAAACGGUCUAGUUCCAGAUCAACAGAUCAAGAAGACGUCAGAUUGGUUCUUCAAGGAAGUGGUGAACACGUUUCUUCCAUCUCAAACAAACCAAGAUCAUGCAGAAGGUGGUGCUCCUGAGUUUGAGAUAGAUCUUCUGUUUUUGUGUCAGUGCUUGUAUGAAUAUCAGUCUACUGAUGCCUGUCAGCUUCUCCUGGACAAACUGGACUAUCAUCUAGACCUGAGUGGAGAACAUCUUGAUCCUCACCAGUGCUGUGCAGUCUCUUAUGUGACCAGUCAGUCUGCAGAGAGAAAKGUUGGCUUGGACCUGRAYRGCUGCACUGUGUCAGACCAAGGAGUAAGGCUGAUACUGGGCUCUCUGAAGAACGUCAGACAUCUUGGAAAUGUGAUUUGCUGCGGAGUCUUGGACUCCAUUGUGAAGGAUUAUGAGAUUCAAACAGGCAGGAGUUUCCUUCCAGCAUUACAGCUAGUUUACCAGUCAGAUCCUCCAGUCUGGUCCAUAGACCUCUCAGAGAGAAAGGCCUCCCUCCUCCUAGAAGUGCUGAAACUCCAACCAGAGAAGAAACCAGUAGAGCUGAAGGGUUGGUCAGAUGAAGAGAGUGAAGUGAGGAGUUUUCUUCAGUGUCUGGCCCACAUCUCACAGCUGAGGUUCUAUCCACACUGGCCUGAUCCCUCAAAGCAGAUCAAGUUCCUGGUGGAUCUCCUGUCUCAAGCUGCAGAGUGGGAGGAGCAGACAGGAGAGAAGACACUGAAGCUGGUAUCAUCAGUGUGUACUUACAGAAACUUUCCUUUUCCCUAUCGAAACAAUUCUGAACAGAGUGAUUUCCUGCUGGAUCUGUACUCACAUGUGAAGGACUAUAAGACUCAAACAGGCAGGAGUGUCCUUCCAGCAUUACAGCCAGUUUACCAGUUAGCCAGUCCUGCAGUCUGGUUCAUAAACCUCUCAGAGAGAAAGGCAUCCCUCCUCCUAGAAGUGCUGAAACUCCAACCAGAGAAGAAACCAGUAGAGCUGAAGGGCUGGUCAGAUGAAGAGAGUGAAGUGAGGAGUUUCCUUCAGUGUCUGCCCUACAUCUCACAGCUGAGGUGAGUCUGAAUAUGUGUGGUGGUUAGUGAUUAUGUGAUGCUAGUGGUUAUUAUCUUGUAGAAACAUUUUGUAGAAACUCC